AUGCUUGUGUACGGUGGGUCAAUCGUCCUGGCGAGUCUGCUGGUCUGGUUUCCGGUGACACAUGCCUAUUUGCCAUUUAUUGAACCAAGAGCUGUUCCAGACGCCCCAGACGGCUACGCACCUAGCCAAGUCUCAUGCCCUUCGAGACGGCCAGUCAUCCGCAAUGCUACGGCACUGUCGGCCAACGAAACAGCAUGGCUACAGCUCCGUGAUAACAACACUAUUUCGGCGCUGAAAGAUGUCCUUAAUCGAGCCGAAAUUGGUGGCAUCGACAUUGACGCCUAUAUAAAUGGUCUCGUGGAUGAUGGCGAGGCCUUGCCGCGAAUCGGCAUCGCCAUCUCCGGUGGUGGCUAUCGGGCCCUGAUGAACGGGGCCGGUGCCAUCGCCGCGUUCGACAACCGGUCCACAAGCUCCACGGACAAGGGACAACUCGGUGGCAUUCUCCAAGCUGCCACCUACCUUAGUGGACUGUCCGGAGGUAGUUGGGUUGUUGGAAGCCUCUAUGUGCAGAACUUCACCACGGUCGAGUCCAUCAUCUUUGCACGGAGCGGUUUUCUUGACAGCCUUUGGCAAUUUGAUGAGUCCAUCAUUGAAGGGCCAGCAGACAUAUCCGUAACGCGGUACUACCGCGAGCUGUAUGAUGAUGUAAAGAGCAAGGAGGAUGCAGGGUACAACACGACCAUAACCGAUUACUGGGGAAGAGCUUUGUCGUACCAACUCGUCAAUGCCACUGAUGGAGGGCCUGCAUACACUUUCUCGUCGAUUGCAAAUGACACCGAGUUCACCGAGGCGAAAGCGCCUAUGCCACUCAUUGUUGCAGUGGAGCGGACGUCAGGCCAGCUUCAAAUAGCUGACAACUCUACCAUCGUGGAGUUCAACCCAUGGGAAAUGGGGUCCUAUGAUCCAUCACUUGGCGCUUUUGCCCCUCUCAAGUACAUCGGAUCUGACUUUGAGAACGGCACAAUCAGACGCAAUGGAGAUUGCGUUGCCGGGGUGGAUAACGCCGGGUUCGUCAUGGGUACCUCCUCGUCACUGUUCAACCAGGCAUUUCUGCAGAUCGCCAAAGUCGAGAAUGCUCCGGACUUCUUGAUCAGGGCUCUCAACAAUACGUUGGCAGAUGUUGGCGAAGACAACCAGGACAUUGCUAACUGGCCCAACCCGUUCUACAAGUACAAUCCCACAAACAACUCCAACGCCGAUAGCACCGUCCUCACCCUCGUAGACGGUGGCGAGGACCUCCAAAACAUUCCUUUGCAUCCAUUGCUCUUAUCGGAGCGCCAAGUUGACGUCAUAUUCGCCGUCGAUGGUUCGGCCGACACAACAACUCACUGGCCAAACGGCACGGCACUCGUGGCAACGUACCAGAGGUCAUCAGCCGGCGUUUCGACUCAGAACGACGAGUUUCCCAAAGUCCCAGAUCAGAACACGUUUGUCAACCUCGGCUUGAACAAGCGCCCGACAUUUUUCGGUUGCAAUACAGGCACAGACUCGUCACCAGGGCCACUGAUUGUCUAUCUACCCAAUGCGCCGUACACCUACCAGUCCAACUUCUCUACCUUUGAUCUCGAAUACAGUAACACGGAGCGGAACGAGAUUAUACGGAACGGAUAUAACGUCGCGACCAUGGGGAAUAGUACAGUCGACUCGAACUGGCCCGCCUGCGUAGGCUGCGCGAUAUUGGCUCGCAGCCUGGCGCGCACCAAGACCGAUAUGCCCUCCAAGUGCGUCGAUUGCUUUUCGCGGUAUUGUUGGAACGGCACGACGAAUUCGACCAGGCCGAGCACGUACGAGCCGGAGCAAAUUGUCGAAAGCGGAGCGCGCCGCCUGGAGCCGUACUUGGCCAUGAUGGGAACUGCGGCCUUGAUAAUGUUUAUGGCGUUUUGA